CCACGUGAUAUCCGGCCGGUGACCUGACGACGUCGACCGCGACGCGAGAAAGCUUGGUGCACUUGGCAUUGGAAUAGCCAAGAAGUGGACGAACAGUGCACGCACCCGCACCCGCACCCCAUCGACCCUGAACCUACCCACCGAACGACUACAGCCUCCCGACCGCAUCGCAACCACCCCUUGGCACUCCCGCCCCGCCAGCAGGAGGUAGUAUAGGAAGCGCAGCCUCGCGCGCUGCCUGCUUAUGUCGCUGAGCCACUCUGCGACCGCGACCUCCACUGGGUGCCAGCGAGGCUGGAGGAGGCAUGCUAUCCGCCGCACCUGAACGAUCACCCUCGAACACGCCCACCUUGACGCCCUCUGGCCGCCGAUUCUUCACGCGCCUGACCUCGCCGUUUGCGCAUAAGACGCGCAAGCUCACCGACUUCUACAUCGAGGUUGACGACCCGCACCGACAGUACUCGCCCGGCGAUCUGGUGACCGGCUGCGUCAACCUCAAAGUCGUGCAACCGACCCGCGUGACGCACGUGGUCGUCUGCCUGCACGGCUUCGUGCAGGUCUACAAGAAUCCCGGAUCGCCACCUGCGGAUGGCUAUCGCGCAAACGGCGCACACAUUGGCACGGGCAGAGGCGCAAAGACGGGCGAGUAUUUUGGCAAUGGCUUCUGCACGCUGUUUGAGGACGAAGUGGUGCUAUGCGGAGACGGCAGGCUUGGCGAGGGUACCUACAAAUUCCAGUUCAAUCUCGAGUUCCCAGACCGAGAUCUUCCAAGCAGUAUAUCUUUUGAGCGCGGAACGAUUUCCUACAUGAUUACAGCGACACUAACGAGACCCACGACCAUUUCUCCCACCAUACAAUGCGACCACAAAGUAUACAUGGUCGAACGGAUAGACAUUUCUCAAUUAAUACCACCCAAAGCGCGUACCAUUACUCUGGAGCCUAUUUCACGCCGGACGAGGGCAAAGACGCAGGCGCGUCGAAACACCAGCGACCUGGAACGGCGUGAUAGUCAGACUUCUUCGUCCCCAAGUCGCGCUAGUCUGGGCGCUGCAGCCGACGAGAUCUCACAAAGUCCAGCGCCCAGCGAGAUCAGCUUUGACAGCCGCUUGAGCAGUGUGGGUCGUCCAUCGCAUCACGAUUCUAACACAACAUCACCGCGACAGAGUGACGCCGAGCGCACAAAUGGCAGCAGAAUAUCUCUUCCCACCAAGACCAUCACCGCCACGGUAGAAACUCUUUCGGGAGGAUGCUUGCGAGGCGACAGUGUUGGCGUGCGGGUUCUAGUCAACCAUACCAAGCACGUUAAAAGCUUGCAUGGAGUCAUCAUAACGCUGUACCGCCAAGCUCGAGUUGACAUGCAUCCUUCCAUUCCACUUGGUCCAACCGAGAAAGGCAAGAAAGCCAAGUACGAAGACUACUAUCCCAAGUCCGUCACCGGUCUUGGCGGCUUAUCCCUGUCUGGAGCUGGAUCGAGUCACAUGUUUCGGAAAGAUCUCUCACAAACUGUGGUGCCUUUGAUUGUAGAUCCCGUAUUGCUUACAGCGGAAGUUACGGGUCGAGUGCAUGUGCCAGAAGAAUGCUUUCCCACCAUCUCCACGGUACCAGGGGCGAUGAUCAGCUUUCGAUAUUACAUCGAAGUGGUCCUGGACAUCCAAGGCAAACUUUCGUCUCAAGAUCGAAAUUUCAGCAAUCUAGGCGGACUGGCCAGCACUAUCAACCACGGUGCCACGGCCACUGACAAUCCAGGAGCUGGCGGCUUUGGUCCUCAUCAGUCUCCCGUGAUUGACACUGCAGCUGUACGGCGUGACAAAGGAGUGGUUGCCUGCACAUUCGAGGUCAUCGUUGGUACGAAAGAUAGUGCCCGCAAGAAGGGCAAGCUGAGAGCCGAUCCAAGUCCUGAACCCGCAAACGGUGGUCAACAACAGCCACCUGCCGAUGCGCAGGGCGCGUACUAUGGACACGAUGGUUCCACGCCCCAGUACUACGGCCAGCACGAUCACAACGAGUACCGGGGCUACGAUGGAUAUGCAGGCUACAAUGGCUAUGCAGACCAGUAUGGAUACUGGCCUCCUGAGACUUAUGAAGUAGAGCCGCCUGUCCCUAUGCCGCCGAUGGAAGAUGAGACACAGCUCUCGGAGAAAGAGCGACUGCGAAGGGCAGAAGCGCGAUUGCUCCCAAGUCAGCCUCCAGGAGCCGAGCAAGACGGAAGCUCCAGUCAGCCAUUUGCGCCGUAUGUGCCGGAGGAUGACGCGAAUGGAUUUGCGGAUGCUUCUGCACCUCCAGAUGUGCUUCUAACGCCACCUGCUUUCACUGCCGGCCCAUCACGUUACACUGGUGUGAUGCCUGUUGACUGUGCCAGACAUAUACCUCUACCGCGGACGCCCGAGUACGAGCCUCGUCAAUCGGAUACAAUGCCAGCCUUUCCCGAGCAAUCGACUUUGACGCUGACACCUGCACGGGCCCAGGCUCAGGCCGCAGCUGGCGCUACAGACGACAAACGCGAGCUCGAGAGACGGCAGCUGCAAGCCUCAGCCUCAGCACCACCAGGUCAAGAAGCCGGUAGCUCUAGUCAGGCGUCGUCAAACAGUCAGCGUCUCUCUUCUGCGCCCAACUUCACCGAAGAAGAUCUCUACGGCGAUGCACAUGUCCCGGAAAUGCUUGACAACAAUGCACUGCCGAGAUAUGAACGAUAACACGGCUUUUGGCGUUUUGGGAGCAACAUGACUUGAUUGACAAGGGAGAGGCUUUUUUCGGAUUAUGCCAGUGGCAUCUAUGAUAUUGGGAGGCUGGCGUUUUUUUAGAUCUUGGAGCAUGAAUGAAGGCUUCGAAGCUGUUGCCUUUUUUUUGGCUGUGUGAUACCACUAUGCCCAUCUUUCGUGGAAUGGAAGGAAUCGUGAGAUGUGGUGAUAUUUUGAUAGGAUUUUGAAAAUGAAGAUGAUGAGAUCAGC